AUGGAUUUGCCUAACAUUAAGGGGUUGCUGUCGAUGGACACCAUCGGCACCACCGAUGACAACGAUAUGGAUGCCGAUGACAAUGAGGAAGACCUGGACGAAGAACUGAACGCUAUAUUGAGUGGACAGACGUAUAUACCGAAGAAUAAACAACACAAACAGACCACCAGUUCAUCGGCGACCACCAGUUCAUCGGCGGUCAACACGAAACGAGUCAAACAAAUGGAUGUAAAGCAGGCUAAGAGUCAGAGGACAUCCAGGAGUGACCACAAGCUGUCCGAUAACCCCAACAACGAGGGACAGAAAUUGGGAAUAAUUGGUGACUCGGAUGAAGACGAUUCAGACAUCGAUGAGAAUGACGAACAGUUUCUGUCGGAAAUCCAUUCAAUCGCUUCCGAGGCUAAGCCAUCGGAAAGGAAACCGCAGAAGCAAUCGGUGACCACAAGUGCUGCGAAUAGAAGUGACCACAAAAUGCCACAAACUAUUGGUGCCGACAAUCAAAACCUGAUUUCAUUUGCGACACAUCGCGAGAAACCAAUGAAUCCACAGAUUAGAGACGAUAUGUUUAAAUCUAAUUCAUCAAGCACAGGCACAGGCACUACAGAUUCUGGCACUAGUGUCCAUCAGCCUAUUGAUGUGAAUAAACCCAAAGAAGUUGAUAAUAGCGAUGAUAUAUCAAAACUGAAAGCACUGACAGAUGACUACAAAAAAGCUGCCCUUUUGGCCAAGAAGUCAGGCCAAGUGACCACUGCUUUAUCGUACGUCAAGACAGCAAAGCAAAUUGAGGUGUUAUUGAAGGCCUUAGAAGAAGGGAAAGCCGUGGAUUUGUCUCAUUUACCACCGCCUCCACCAUCGACCACAUUAAGCCCAUCAACGCCUCAAACAAGUUCUCAAACCACUGCUAAUGAAGAAACUGAUGAUCCGUCCGAAGACACUGUGGUUGAGUUGACUACAGAAGACGCCAAGAAGUUCUUCAACGCUCCGCCGCCGCCCAACACUGUUAUGGAAGCGUUGGAACAAAGGUUAGCUAAAUUCAAGUCAACCUUAGAUGAAGCGAACCGCGAGAGCAAUGCGAGUAAAGCCAGACGUUUGGGAAGAAUUGUCAAACAAUACGAAAAUGCAAUCAAAGACUUCAAAAAAGGCAAAGCUAUGGACUUUGAAGAGUUGCCGACCCCUCCAGGUUUUGGACCCAUUCCUCCGAUGAACUCAACGGUUAAGACUCCAGACAAACCUUCGGCUCCGAUCAAUAGCCCUUCGAAACAACAAAUAGCACCAAAACUCGUUGCAUCUAAUGUUACCAAUAAAUCAGACAAUAAUACCGACAUUCAGGCAAAGGAGGCACCCGUCAAGUCGAGUCCCACUCCACCCAAAGGCACUCAUAAGCCUAAUCUGAAGAGAGCGUCUUCGACAGCAAACAAACAAUUAAAUUAUUUGUUGGAAAGACAGCGACUGUUCAAAGAGGCGGCCCUCGAGUCCAAACAGAAGGGAGACAUACAACAGGCCAAAGAAUACCUGCGAAUGGCAAAGGGUUUCGAGCCUCUGAUAGAGGCCACACAAAACGGACUCCCAAUCGACGCCACGUCUAUACCCACUCCGCCGCAAAUGAGCGACGAUUUCGUGAUUGUCUCGCAUCCGGACUCUUCACAAGUGGAUGACUUAGAGAAAGAAGAGAUGUUUCGAAAAAUUGAAGUCGAGUUACAAAAUCAAAUUGAGAUGUGUAAAAGAAAUAAAGACUAUUUCAUGCAAUUGGGAGACAUAUCCACGUCAUCCAAGUUUGAGAAGUACGCCGUCGAUAGCCGUAAAGACUUGGAUGUAUUGACAGCGCGGUGGCGAACGGGUCAUAGAGUGCCUCACUUUAAAUACGAGACGCGGACCUUCUCUAUAGUGAUUUGCAACACAGAGGUGACCACCAAUGAGGUGACUGUGGAAGUGGUGAAAGCAGUGGAUAUUCCGGGUAAAGCUGAUAUCGAUACUUAUGUGAGAAUUGAGUUUCCAUUCCCUAAUGUAAGUGAAAGACAUGACACCAUUUGUUGUCAAACUCUUGUCACAAGCAUUUGUGAUCUGAAACAGGAUAACAGCCCAUCCGCGCGAACAAAGACUGUCAAAAACAGUGUGAAUCCAGUAUUCAACGAGACGUUUAAAUUCGAGAUCGACCGCAAGUCGAGACAAUUGCCCCGAACCUUCAAAAGGCAUCCCUUGAAACUGGAACUCAUGUCCAAAGGUGGAUUCCUAAGGAGCGAUGCACUGAUAGGGACGGCUCUCAUCAAGUUAACUGAUUUUGAGACCAAAUGUACAAUUCAUGAGAGCUUUGCGUUGACUGAAGGCAGGAAAGCAGUGGGCGGUCGGGUAGAGGCUAAGGUCCGCAUCAGAGAACCAUUGCUCGCAAAACAAGUGGAAGAAGUGAAAGAGAAAUGGCUUGUAUUCGUCUGAUCACUGAUUAUUUAUUUAUGUUUUUAUAUGAAACAUGUUUUUAUUUGUAAAAUUGACAUCAAAUUAAAUUAUUCAUUCAAUAACGAAUCGCCCGUUUAGUCUUACGGUAUUGUACUGUAUAUACCGG